GUGGCAUUAAUUUUGAUUCUAUUUCAAUAAAAUAACCAUAGCUUAGUGUUAAAUUUAUCUUUGAUACUCAUUAAUUAAAAUGGUGGAAAGGGAUGCACAACUCGCUGCUCUAGAUAUUGGAGAAUUAGAUAUGUACGUUCAAACCAUGGAACACUGGCGGAUAGAAUCCAUUGGCAACCAAGCAUGGAUCGAUUGGCACAUUCGACUACAAAAACUAAAUCAGCAAGCGGUAUUAGAAGCUUCUUCUAUGCAGGAAGAGUUGACCAAGGAAACCUUAAUCUCGCAUGGAAAGUUAUCUAUUUUAGUCAAUGAAGCAAUAUGUAUUCAAGUAUGGAGAUUGAAAAUCUACCCGCAAAUUAUGAAAUUGGAACCAGCACCGGCUAAUACAUUUGGCAUUUACAUGGUGUUGUACCAUGAAGCAGCGGUCGUAGGAUUGCUUGAAACAGUGCUGUUUCAUGAAGACGGCGCUCAAUGUAUCAGUGAAGUCGUGAUUGAUCUGCUCCAUUAUGCUGUUGAUCAGUUGACUGCCCUUGUUGCACUUAUCAACAAUGGUUAUUUAAAGGCUUUAUCCGCGAAGGAGUUAGAAUGUGAAACGGCGGCCGAGGAAGUGGAGCGUCAAAAGAAGGACCUGCAAUUUGAUAUAAGUAUGAGAUGCAUCUCUAUUAUACGCUAUCUCGUUGAACACAUGGAGGCAGUUGGAAUAGGAGCAUCAAUAUCGAGCAAUUUAUACAAGACAUAUGAUGUACCCUCUGUUAUAAGCCAUCUUUUACAAUUGGAACCAUGGAGACGAAUUGAUGGGAUAGGAGAACUUCAAUUAUUUACCUUUGGACGUUGGUCAAAGCCUUCAGUUGAAGACUAUACGCAACUACACCGCAGCGAAGCGCAACUAUGGCUAUGUCUUCGACAACUGCUUCUAGAGCCGCGUCUGCCUCAUCAUUAUACUAUUAACGAGUGCCGCCGAGCUGCGUUCUGUUCGCUGCAAGCGAAGAUAACAGACACUGUGUUGGACCAAGUGCCGCCGUUGAAUGAUCUCAAGAUGUUUCUAUGCCGCCUUGCGGUGGGAGAUUAUUCCAGCGUUCACAAUCGCACAAAUGGUGUUAAGAAUCCCGGAUGUACACUCAUCGAAAUCGUACCUCAGAUAAAACAAGCAUAUUUAAAAGAAGUCCACAAGCGGACAAAAUCUCUGGCGAAAAAUCAACUGGAAAAUUUCCAUCUGGAUGGCUCAGAAUCAUCUAGAAACAUGGCGAAGAAACUUCUAGAAUCUUACACCAGUGACGCUGCACUUGCCCUCGAUAGCGGUGGCGCAAAAUGUGCAAAAUGUGGCGACAAGGCUAGCAAAAAGUGUUCGCGAUGCAAAACCGAAUGGUAUUGUGGCAGGGAAUGUCAGGUGCAACAAUGGCCUAAACACAAAGAAAUUUGCGACCAGUUUGCGAAUCUAUGCGUUUAAUUUUAGAAUUAAUUAAUUUCAAUCGACAAAUAUAAAAACUGUUGUUUCAUUGCCAUUUAUAAUGCUAGUAGUUCAGGAUUAAAUUAUCAACUGUAUCGCACAUACGUUGUGUAAAUGUGUUCUAUUAUUAAUAAAUAAAACGAAAUAUAAUUUU